CGAAAAUGCAAGCAACCUAAUAGCCGAAGCCAGAAAGAGGAUUAUUGAGCUUGGAGGCUUCUCGCAGACGCAGACGCAGAGACAUUGUCCUUCUGAAUCUCCUCUAAUCUAAUCUAAUCCGAUACAAUGGCUUCUACUUCUUGUUCUCUUGCUUCUCAGUUUCUUCCCCUCAGAAAAGUUUCUACAGUCCCUUUUCACUCAACAAAUUGCACAAGUUUGGCAUUUCCAAGACAGGCGCUGUUGUUUUGUUCAAAAUCAACCCGCGUAGCAGCGGCGUCAAACUCAAACAAUUCCAAAGCUUCGUCAAAAGAGAAGGAAGUGGAGGUGGAAGUGGAGGAGGAGCUGCCGUGGAUUCAGGAAAAGGCUUUGGACCUGGUCGAGUUCACUGGCUCCGUUACUCAAGCCAUUCCUGGCCCCAGAGUGGGUCCCACCUCCUUACCUUGGAUUCUCGCUGUGCCUCUGGCAUAUGCUGCCCUCACUUUCGCCAUUGCCUUUGUCAAAACCCUCAGGAAAUUCACUUCUCCCAAAGCAAAACGCCGGAGACUGGUCAGUAAAAAUGCGAAUCUAUGCAAGUCGAUCGAUGAUUUGUUUCAAAAUGGAAGAGAUCAAGUUAAGCUUGAUACGCUCAAGGAAAUUGAGAAAAAGACAGGUUUUGAUUUGGAAGAAAUUUUUCGCAAGUAUAUCCGGUAUGCUCUGAAUGAGAAAGCAUUCAACCCUGACAUGGUAGCUGAUUUAAUUCAGCUAAGGAGAGCUUCUAUGUUAAAUGAUUCACAAGUUGCUGAGAUUCUGAAUGAAAUUUCUCGACGAAUUGUGCGAGACAAAGGCCCUAUUGUGAUGGAUAAAUCAGGUUAUACUGAAAAGGGUUUCAAGAGAAAAAUAGCUGUUCAGGCCCUUUUUGGAAAGGUCUUCUAUCUGUCCGAGCUUCCAGAGUUUUGCUCAAGAGAUAGCUCCUUAGUUGUCAAAGAAAUCUUCGGUGUUACAGAUGAAGAUGCUGACAAACUCAGAAUUCACACUGUCUCUGAAGUUGGAAGUUUAGAUGCACUUGAGAAGAUGGUUGAUAGUUCAGAUUCAGAGGAUGCUAGCGAGGCAUCAUCCGAGGCCUCUUAAAACAAAUCAAUUUCGAUGUUUAGAUUCGAAUAGGUUAAAGAAUGACUUGGUGCUACAAAUUAAUUGUACAACACCAUCAUCGGCUCCCUCCAAAGAUAAAAAUUUCAGAGGAAAAAGCAGCCAUUUUCAUUAAUUUUUAGUCUAGGUACAUUUUACGGUGCACUUAUGUACUUUCAAGAUCCUUCAUAUUUGCUUGAUAUUUUUCUUAUAACUGGCUUAUAGGUCAGUCUUAGCGGCAUUGCUGUUUAGACUUUGAGAAAUAGACUAACAAUUAUUAAACAUACAUUUGGGUAUAGAUGUAGAACCAUAUAUGUUCGUUUAGGAUCACACUUUGACACACAAGGAGUUCAUUUCAUGUCUUGAUUUCCGUUUCAAA